UCUAGGCCAGGCGAAGACCUCUUCCAGACGAUCGACCUUUGAAAACAUUAUCAUCAUCUAUUGACUUCAAUUUGCCAACCCAACCGCCACACGUAAUGCAUGAUCUGGCUCAGCUCUACAAUCUAUAUAAAUCCUAUCGAUUGCACCUAUUGGAAUCAUUCUAGACUUAAAUCAAAGCCUAAAGGCAAGAAAAUUUUCAUCAAAACCAAGAUUGCAAAAAUGUUGAAGCAAGUUUCUUGCAUUUUCUUUCUUGCUUUCGCUUGUUGCAUGGGAGUUGAGUCACAAAAAUUGAAGCAUCUAACCGAUGAGCUUGAAGUGAAUGUGCCGGCAAGUAAUGUUUGGGAGCUUUACAGGCACCUUGGGAUUUCAAUGCUUGCUGCUCAAGAGCUCACAAAUGUGAUCCAAAGUGUUGAAGUUUUGAAAGGUGAUGGUGGUGUUGGAACUAUUCUCAAACUCACUUUUGUUCCAGGCAAUUCUAGCUAUACCGAAAGAUUCAUUGUGAUUAAUGAUCAGAAGAGGGUGAAAGUAGCAAAGGGUUUGGAAGGAGGAUGUUUAGCCAUUGGUUGCUCAGUUCAAAUUGUUCGAUUUGAUAUUAUAGAGAAAACCAAUGCUUCAUGCAUAAUCAGAUCAGACAUUGCCUAUGCUGUGAAGAAAGAGUUCGAAGCUAAUGACCCAAAGCCUAAUAUCCAACUCUUAGCAGCUGCUGCACGAGUUGCUAAAAGGCUUCUCGAGAGUACACACAGUGCUUAAGAUAUCAGUCUAAUUUAAAAGAUUGCUGGGGGGUUGAUUUUCAUUGUUUCUAUCUUCUUGUACUAGAAAAUUUUUCUCUUAAUUUGUAAAAUUGUUUUUUAACAAAAAUGAAGAGGAAUUUGAUGGGUUGUCACUAUAUUUCCUCUUUCAUAAUAUUUGUUGAUAUUGAAGAAAUUAGGUAAAGCAUGUGCUUUGCUCUAUACCUUUCAAGAGCACUUCAA